AUGCCGGCACAUCCCUUCCAAUGGACAAGGUUGAAGAACUCCGGGAAUGUCUCCGUGUCCCCUCGUGCGGGCCAUACCAUCACCCUGAGUUCUGUGGGCUUUCUGCUCUAUGGCGGCAUGGAUGGCCGCCGGAACGAUCAAGGGAAUCCGGCACCGAACAGCGAUCUCUACUUGCUGAAAGUUGGAGGCAAAACCUUCCAGUGGGAGCAGGUGGAGGUCGACCCAGGGUCUCAACUGCCUCCUGCUCGGACACUGCAUACUGCCUUGGCCAUCAGCCAAGAUGAGGUCUUUGUGUUUGGAGGCAUUCACUCCGCUACUCCGGACCGCGUGUUGAACGAUGGUUGGAUCCUGGACACUGGCUGCUAUGAAUGGAAGCAUGUGGGCUUCAAGACGCAAUCCGAAGAUGUCAAGAGUUCGCAUUGGAAGCGCUUGUCGGGGAAGAUUUUGGAGCACCCCUACGUGGCCGCGCAAGCGGAGGUCAUCGGACAAGGCAUGCGCCGGAACACCGGCACACGCCGCAUCAGCGGCAUGGCGCAGACCGCGCGGAGCGCGGUGAGCGGGCUGAACUUCGAGACCCUGGCGCUGGCGGCAUCCAAGGCCGUCGUGGGCGCUUCGAUGAGCAUUGGCGGCGAAUCGGGCGGCGACGGAGGGUCUUCGAGAAAAUCCUGGAAGAAGUUCCUGGCAAAGCAGAUGACGUCCAGCGUGAAAGCGGGCAACAAAGAGAAGCAAAGUAGGACGCGUUUCCAGCCCAAAGACGAGGCGGGAUUAGUGAACUUCGAGGAGGAACAGUUUUUGGAAGACAUUCUGACAAUGGUAUGUGCCACAGCUCAAGGGAACGAGGACGAGGAUGCCAGCAAAGGACCCGCGCCACGUGGCAAUCAUAGUACUUGCCUCUAUGAGAAUACCAUCAUUCUUUUCGGUGGGCAUGGUGGCUUUGGCUACCAGCGGAAAGCCUUCAACGAUGUUUGGGCUUUGAACCUAGAUUCAUUCCGUUGGACAGAGCUCCUGUGCCAUGGCAACCCUCCGGCACCACGCAGUGGGCAUUGUGCUUUCCAAAAGGAUGGCUUUGUGUAUAUCUUUGGUGGGUGGAAUGGAGAGUCACAGUUCAACGACCUGUUCAUGCUGGACGUGGAGAAUAAGGACUGGUCGGAUGUGGACCUCAACUGGAGCGUGCCGCGCUGGAACAUGGCGGUCCAGCUCGUCGAGGCGAUCCCUUCGUGGCGUGUCUUCGUCUUCGGCGGCUCGGCGGACCGCCACGGCGAGGGGCGGACCAUGGGCAGCUACGAUCGCGAGCUGGGAGUCUUAGACUUGGGCGACGAGCGUUCCUGGCUCUCGCUCUCUCCUGAGCGUGCGAAGCUCGAUGGCUGGGCCAACAAGUGGUUGGACGACUGCUGGCAGAUCGACGUCUCCUCCAUUGUAGGACCGCCAUAUGCCAUCGUGAAGGUCGAGCCAUCCUUGGGGCCGGUUUCUGGAAGCCAGAAAGUGCAGAUCUUCGGUGUGGGCUUCCUCUCAGUACCUGGUGUGGCGGUGAUACGCUUCACUGGGGGAAAUGGGAAGAGCGUCGAAGCGCAAGGGACGAUCUUGGAUGAUGAGCUGGUGGAGUGUCUCACGCCCAAGGCAGAGGGAAUUGGACCCCGAAGCUGUGAAGUGCGAAUUGCCAUCGGCGUGAAGGACUUCACCACCACGAUGGCGGAGUUCCAGUACUUCAUGAAUACAGUGCCAGAGAGGUCGUUGUGCUACGGCCCUGGGCUACUCAUGGAGCAGCAAGCGGAGUCCACGACACGCUUCCGGAUACAAGCCAGGAAUCAGGCGGGUGACAACCGCAAGUCUGGCAGAGACGAGUGGGUCAUACAAGUGCAGCACGUCUAUGUGAAUGAGAAGGGCAAGGAGUCCCUCCGGGAGCUGCCCCAUGAGAUCAUCGACUUUGACACGGGGCAAUACGAGGUCAGAUACAUUCCAGAACCUGGAGAUCUCAUCAUCAGAGUCAGUAUGGUGGACGAGCUUGGAAAGCCACGACCGAUCCGUGGAAGUCCCUUCAAAGCCUCGAGUAUUCAGUACGCCAAGAACCGCGCGAAUGAAUAUUUGGGCCCCAUCGUCCACAGCUGGCUCUCGCAAACGUUGAAGUCCUUGGAUGAUUUCUAUCGCAGCACCGAGACUGGUCAAGGGGCCAAGUUGAACGAGGAGGAUGUGAAGGGACUCAUCAAGGUGAUGAAUCACAUCCAAGACCUCUACAAGAACGAAUCUGAGUUGAUUCGCCUCCAGGAUUGCAUCUAUGAGACCUUGGCUCACAUCGAGCGUGAAGGAGUACCAGUGGAGAAGCAGUUGAAGAGCUUGAAGAAGGUGUGCAACGCUUUGGUGCAUUUGCGCACCUUGUGCCAUUCUACUGAACAGGCCAUCCAGCCCAUGGUGCAGGUGCAAAGCGAGAUCUACAAAGGAAGGAUUGCCGCCUUUGAGCAGUCACUGAGAAGCUAUCAAGCAGGGCUCAAGCAAGAGGCCUACUACUACUACAGGUCCGGUGUGGAGUUGGCCUUCCAACGGAUCCAGACCGUGACCACACACCUGGACAUGACGCUCGACCGGACUUCACCGUGGCACCUGAUCGCCAAGAAUUUUGACUACCCCGACGAGGUGAAAGAGUCCUUCAAAAUCAUGAACAUGAUGCGCGAGGAUGUGGCGUUGAUCAAAUCCUUGUGGGACCAUGAGGUGGCGCGCAUCCGGCUCGCCGAGUCGUAUUUGGUGAAGCGCUGGGGCACCGUGGAUGCCCUGCAGAUGGAGGAUGAUAUCAAGACCAACUUCAAGAAGUUGAAGGAGUACAAGGUGGACAAACGAUUGGACGUCUACACAGGGAUGCAGGAGGUGAUCAAGCGAUGGGUGAUCUUCUGCCCGUUGGUCGCCGAGUUGCUGGACCCUUCGAUGCGGCCCCGGCAUUGGAUGGCCUUGGUGCACCUUUGUGGGAAAUCGGUGGAUGUGUCCAAAGUCAAAGACCUCUUGCUUCGAGACAUGUGGACCUUAGAGCUCUACAAGCACCCACAGGAAGUGGAAGAGAUCGGAGAGCAGGCAAAACAGGAGUCCAAAAUGGAAGGCACCAUCGCAAAACUACAUCGAAUUUGGUCCGCCGUGGAGUUCGUGUAUGAAAAGCACAAGGGGAGCGAUGUGAUGCUUAUGCAUCUGAAGGAUGAAGAUGUGGAGACCCUGGAGGAGAACCAGGUGCAAGUGCAGAACAUGUUUGCCUCGCGCUUUUUGUCCACUUUCGAGGCAGAGCAGAUGCGGGUCGACACGAGUCGCGUUGCCGAUUCAUAUCAGCAGGAACAGGUUCUGUUCUGGCAGAAGACCUUGGCCUCCAUCAGUGGCUCGAUCGCACCAGUUGGGCGAUGGCUGCGACUUUGGUGGCCUGGGAGUUGGUUCUCCAACAGCAGCCGCAGUGAGACGUCAAGCUUGCUCAGUGAAGUGAUUCGGACCUGGGUCUUUCUGGAGAAUCUCUUCAUCCACUCGGAGGAGGUGAAGAAGGAGCUACCCGACGAGACCGAACGCUUCAUGGACAUUGACGAGGAUGUGAAGGCCCUCCUAGCAAGGGGCUAUGAAGCCCGCUUCGCCAAGCAGUUCUGUUGUGAGCCCAGUAUCUAUCGGAUCUUGGAGAAGACUCAACAACAGCUCCUGAUGUGCGAAAAGGCCUUGAAUGAGUUUAUGGAUGGCAAACGCCAGGCCUUUCCACGGUUCUAUUUCAUGUCCUCGGCGGAUCUUCUGGAUGUCCUCAGCAACGGCAACAAUCCCGCGCGUGUGGUGCACCACUUCCCCAAGUUCUUCAACGCCAUUGAGAAGUACGACCUGGAGUUCCCAGAUGGACCCACGUCCCGGCCCUAUGCCAGUGGCUUACAUGCGGCCAUUGGCAAGGAGUAUGUGCCCUUCUUCGAGGCAUGUGCGAAGAGUCGCCGAGAACGCCCGGUCGUCCGCGGCUCGGAGUGGUACUUGGAGCGAUGCAUCGAAACCUUCCGCACCACCUUGCGGCACUUCGCCCUCAACGACCUGCGGAGCUACGCGGAAAACGACUGCCAGGUGGAUGGACCUGCACGAGGCAAGUGGCUCUUGGGGGUCAAGGCAGCACAAGGUGCUUUGCUCGUGCAGCUCAUCACCUGGGUUCAGUUGGUGGAGUCCGCCUUCCAGGCGGAGCCAGCACAGCUUUUGCGAGUGCCAAUUUUGUUCCAGACGCACAGUCAGGUGGAGGAGGCCUGGCGUCGCCAACAAGAGCUCCUCCUGGACCUCAUCCGCCUCACACAAACCGACCUGGACAAGCCGGCCCGACAGAAGGUGAUGUGUGCCAUCACCCUGGAUGCGCACAACCGGGACGUACAGGAGCGAUUGGUUCGAGACAAGGUCACUUCGGCGGACGCCUUCCAAUGGCAAAGCAUGCUGAAGAGCUAUUGGAUCCUGGAUGAAGAACAUGAAGCAAAUGCGCAGAUGCAGAUUUGCGAUGCACGCAUUUGGUAUGCCUACGAAUAUCUGGGGAACGGACCUCGCCUAGUCGUAACUCCCUUAACGGACCGGAUCUAUGUCACUGCCACCCAAGCACUGCACCUGCACAUGGGCUGCGCCCCUGCGGGGCCUGCGGGCACGGGUAAGACGGAGAGUACCAAGGAUUUGGCCAACGCUUUGGCACGUGCCUGCUACGUGAUCAACGCAGCCCCUGAGAUGGACUACCUCACCCUGGGGAACAUCUUCAAGGGCUUAGCUGCUAGCGGCUCCUGGGGAUGUUUCGAUGAGUUCAACCGCUUGGUGCCCGAAGUCCUCUCUGUGUGCACGGUUCAAUUCAAGGCGGUGUGCGAUGCCCUGCGCCAGCACGCAGCGCGCUUCAUUUUGCAGGGCGAUGAGAUUCAGCUGGACCGAGGUGUGGGGGUCUUCAUCACCAUGAACCCGGGCUACUUGGGCCGUAGUGAGCUGCCCGAAGGCUUGAAGGCACUCUUCCGGCCCAUUACGGUGAUGGUGCCCGACUUCAUGCUCAUCAUGGAGAACAUGUUCAUGUCCGAGGGCUUCUUAGACGCCAAAAAGUUGGCACUCAAGUUUUCCACCCUCUACGCGCUGAACAAGGACCUCUUGUCCAAAUCGAACAAGUACGAUUGGGGUAUGCGUGCCAUCAAGUCAGUGCUUGUGGUGGCAGGUGGCUUCAAGCGCGCGGACCCACGCCUUUCCGAGCAGGCGGUUCUCAUGCGAUCUUUGCGGGACACCAACGUGGCCAAGAUCGAAGGAGAUGAUUUGAAGAUCUUCAUGGGACUUUUGGCGGACCUUUUCCCAGGAGUCCAGGUGCCACGAGCGAGGGAUACUGAGUUCGAAGAGAUUGUGGUGGACACGAUGGAAAAUGAGUUCGGCUUCACCAAUGACCCAGAUGGAUAUUUGCUGCUGAAAAUCUCUCAGCUGAUCGAAUUGCUGGAUAUUCGCCAUUCGGUCUUCCUCAUGGGCAAUCCUGGAAGCUUCAAGUCUUUCCUGUGGAAAGUCCUCAAGAAUGCCAAGACGAAGCGGGGCGACAAGACGACGGUGGUGGAUUUCAGCCCAAAAGCCAUUUCCACCAACGAGCUGUAUGGCAGCGUGAACAUGCACACCCGUGAGUGGAAGGAUGGCAUUUUGUCCAAGACCAUGCGCGACCUGGGGCAGAUCCCUGACACGCAUCCCAAGUGGAUCAUGCUGGAUGGCGAUUUGGACGCCAACUGGAUUGAGUCCAUGAACAGCGUGAUGGAUGAUAGUCGCUUGCUCACGUUGCCCUCCAAUGAGCGAAUUCCCUUGAAGCUGCACAUGACGCUCGGCUCGGCCCGGCUCGGUCGUUGGUCGGCGGCGAAAGCCACGAGGAAGGUGAAGGUGGUGAACUGGACACCCGUGAAGAUGAUCUUCGAGAUCCGCGACUUAAACUAUGCCACCCCGGCCACCGCCACCCGCGCGGGCAUCGUGUGUAUGUCGGACAAAGAAGGGGUCCAAUGGCAGUGCUAUGUGAAGUCCUGGGUGAAAAAGCUCUCAUAUUCGGACACUGUCAAGGAGCAAUUAUCCAACUUCUUCCAGAAGUACUGCCCGCCGACCUUGGCCUGGAUUCGAAAGACGGCCAAGCUGCAAGUGCCAUAUGUUGAGAUCUCCUUGGUGAGCUCCUUAUGCAGUUUGUUAGACGCCCGCUUGACCUCUCAGAAUUUGGAGUCCUUGGAAACCUGGUUUGCCUUCAGCACCAUCUUCGCCACGGGCAGUUGUCUGGCAGAGGUGGAUGGCGUCGACUACCGGAAGGCCUUCAGCAACUGGUGGAAGACGGAGAUGAAGACGGUGAAGUAUCCCACCAAAGGCUUGGUCUUCGACCUCUACGUGCGAGACAUGCGGCUGGAGGAAUGGAGCGGUUUGGUGGAGCCGAUCCACUACCGAUCCACCACACCCAUGGGUGAGAUCACCGUCCCCACCACCGAAACCGUUUGUCUGGAUUACUUCAUGAGAGCUUUGAUCGAGGUGCAACACCCGGUGAUGCUCAUUGGCUUGGCAGGUUGCGGCAAGACGCAGUCCUGUACGGGAUUGCUCAAGAAGCUGAAUCAUGAGGUCUUCAUGGGUUACAAGAUGAACAUGAGCUAUUACACAGAUUCCGCCAUGCUACAGACGAUGAUGGAGAUCCCGCUGGAAAAGAAAGCGGGAAAGCUGUAUGCCCCACCUGGCAAGCUGCAGAUGAUGCUUCACAUGAACUGGAUCUACUUCAUCGAUGACUUGAACAUGCCUGCCUUAGACAAGUACAACACACAGUCAGCCAUCGAACUCAUCAAACAGAAGCAGGACUACAACCAUUGGUAUGACCGCGCCAAGAUUCAGAUCAAGGACAUCGGAUCCACGCAGUACCUCUGCUGCAUGAACCCCACGGCGGGCUCCUUCACGGUGAACCAGCGGCUCCAGCGACACUUCUGGACCUGCUCGGUGCAGUUCCCGGAGCAAAACGCGCUCAAUGUGCCUGGGCGGAACGCAGUGGCGGAACUUGGAAGCGGCAAGCGCUUCAUCAUGCGCAUGCGGAGGGGGAAGGGCCACUUCGACACUUACUCCUUCAAAGUUCAAGUGCAGGAGAUCGCCAAUUGGGUCAUCAAAGUGCCACGGCUGAAAGUCCUCAAGAGGCACAUGAGCGGCGUCUUUGCGGGGCUCUUGAAGGCCAAGCCGAGUGAGUUCAACGACGCCGAGAAGCUGGUGCUCUUAUGGAUCCAUGAGACCUGGCUGAGCUGCUCUCAACCUUUGAGAGAGUUCAGCGUCUACAAAGGAUUCGUCCUUCCCGCCCGUGUCCUUUGUUCCGUGCGUUUCCUUUGCACCUGCGCCAUGGCUUGGUUGAACCGCACUCUGGCCUUGGUUGACGAAGCUCUCACUGAGCAUCGUAGGCCCGCUGUCCUGGAAUUCUUCAAGAGCCGUGAAUUUCCUACAUCCCAGGUGUGUGAUGGCCAGUCCUGCAUUGUGAUGGGAACUUUGAUCAACAGAUCACAAGACCACAUCCGCAUUGCUCAGAUGAAGUUUGUCCCUGGCCAGGGAUGGACGCAACCAGACGCUGAUCCCAAAGAAGUGUUGGUUAUGGUCCCCAACCUGAGCAGAAGGCACCUCAAGAUUGACGCUGGAGAGCAAGUCUUGUGCUGUGGUAAAUGCAUUAACUCUGAAAAUGAGGCCCUUACCUUUGACGAACAAGUCCUCAUACUUCCACGCCCAGUGUGGAUGUCAGAUAUGCCGAUUAACACAGUUCACUAUUUUGCUGGAGCCUUCGGAGGUUGGUCCCGUGCCUUGCAGAAGCCAAAGCAAAGUACGUUGACCCUCAAUUUUUGCCGCAAGCCAAGAAAGCAAGAGUUAGUGGUGGCUCAGCCAAUGAAGUACUGCGACUCCGACUUGCAGCACGGGAUGAACCACUGCCUACGCUGUGUAGCGUUCCAUGGACCUAGCAAUGCUAUCGCUCAGCCACAUGCCCUCCUCGCUUGGUCUGUUGCUUUGCGUGCUUUGUCCACACAGUCUGAGGCACCUGAGUUCCUCAUUCGAGAAGCCUGGCAGCAGAGAAUCACGUCCCUUAAUGCAGUUGUGCAGAAGAAGGGCCAAUGGUUGUGGGUCCAGAAGCUAGAAGUUUUCGUGAAAGCAUUGGACUUCCGGUUUUAUUUCUUGCCAGACCCUGCUGUCAGGUACAUUCUGAUCAAAACCUGCUUGCACUCCGCAGGAACCAGCAGGCUCACUCACGUUCCGGCAAGCGCCACGCUGUUCGAAGCACUCCAAUGCAUCCUGACCUUUGCGGACACCAACCCAGAGGAUGUCACGUUUGACCAGGCACUCGGCCCAAUCGUGCGAGAGGAACUUGCCGCCACGUCACUUGAUGGGAACAAAAUCAUUCGUUGCUUCUGGAAAAAUCAACUCAUUGCCACACUGGCACUUGAGUCGAAGUUUGAUGGUAUGCACCUUGUGGAAGACAUCAUUUCACCAACUCAACCCUUCGAGUUUCAGGAGCCUGCAGACAGCAUUGUGAUUUCGUGUGUCGAUCAAGUGUAUGCAAGCCUCACAGCACACCCAACCUUCAUGCAUGCCAUCACCUUCAUGGAGUUUUGUGCCAAAGCCUGCCGAGAGUUGCGAAACCCUUCGCAUUGUGCCAUCGCAUGGGAGCAACCACCUUUGCUUUUUGCUAUCCAAACACCGCAGGAGCAGAGUGUAGCGUUCAUCCAAAUGCAGCUGAACCAGCAGAGGGCACCGCAGUAUGCCACUUCGAUUGGGCUUCAGCGAUGGGACCCCAAGUUUGAUGAUUUUAAUGAUGACCUGUUUGGGGAAACCAAUUUUGCCACGCAUGGCCGUACGCUGAUGCUCUUGCAAGUGCAAGCCCAUUGGGCCCUCAUUGAGACUGUCCAGAACUCAGGAAGCAUCACUGUCAAUGUCUUUGGUCUGCCGCAAGCCCUCGCUGUUCGUGCAGCUCACAUCACAUGUCGACUCGUUGACAUUGCACCAAGCCGUGCCAGCAUUGAGUUGCACUUGACCCCUCUUGAUGAGAACAUGUGUGGAUGGUGUUUGAUCUAUCGCCUCUUUCGAGCAGUUGGACUUCAUGAAUGCCUCCCUGAUGGCUUGUCCAGAAGCUCAGGCCUCAACCCACAUCACAUUGAAGCCAUCAUUGCAUCUGUGCUUGCCACAAAACGGGAGUGGGAUCGCUACACAGCUGAUGCGGACUUGAAAAGCUUUGCCUUUCGCUAUCGCCUCAAUUUCUUGCUUCACCUUGCCUCCAUUGAGAGCACUGCGGGACUUGCCACGGAAAGCAUGUGUGGGAUUUUGUGGUCUUUGUCCAUGGCCCUUCCGAGCGCAGAGAACAAAGUGAGAUCCUUGGUCAUGCCCUUGCGACGAAGAUCCUCCAUGGAGACUGUGUUGUCCAGGCGGAGCUGUGACUCCCAAGAAUUGCCAGAUGCCUCCACAGAGGCGCCAAGUGCUUCAGUCGAUCCUCUUACCAUCCACGAUCCAUGGGCGAGGGCCAAGAGCCCUCCAUCGAAGUGGGAAGACCUCAUCCUUUCCAAGAGUCACCCAUUUCUGGAUGAAAAGGGCAAUCAGUUGGCCCAAUUGCACAGACUGCAAGCCACCAACCUCACGGGUGGCAUCAUCAUGACAACUCGUCAGUAUGUUGUCGAAGCAGUGAACAAAGCCGUAGGGACACCACCAGUCUCCGCCCCUUUGUCCUCCACGGCAGAAAGCAAGCGCAUCGAGACCCUCGAGGCAAGGUCGAAGUACUUGGAGUAA